AUGAUGCGACUCUAUCAUUCUGUUCGACUCUACGCGGUGAGGACCACGGCAAGCUCGCUGGCCCUUCCCCAGCAGCUGCAUUUGAUGACGUUGAUCGCUUCCCAUCAAAAGACGGUCAAACAGUUUGACCUAGAGAACGUCAUUCCCGCCAAUAAUGCAAAAUCGAAGGAGGCUUACAACUACACGGCUUUGUUAUUAUUCGACAUUCGGCAGAAUGCCACUCCUGAAACUUGCGGCUCUGAGACGUUCUCAUCCCCUAUCACAGCUGAUGUAGUUGCCUACCGUUCCGCAUCUCUUGUUCUAGAGACUACAAGCCAUACAAUAUUCCUGAGCCUGAUCUCUCUAUUCUGUGCCGAGGAGGUCGCCCUAGGCCACAGUCAAUCCCACAUUCCACGAUAUCCAUCUGCAGCCGUCGAGGCCAUCUCUCGAAUGUCAAAAACCAAUAGAGAGAAGCCAAGAACAAGCUCUGCCGUCCACGAAGCUAGCGAUACGGGUUACGAUGUGAUUCAGGAAAACGAAGAUUUGGGGAGACUGGGAGACUGGGAGACUGGGAGACUGAGGGCUUGGGUUUACAGGUUGCGAAUGAUGAUUCAAGAUCAUCGCUGGUUGUCUAAGGAGGAAGAUUGGCCGAUUUCCCAUACAAAUGAAUUCUGCGGAAAGCCGGAAUUGGACCACGAACCCAACCCUCCAAAGCCGUGA